UUUGUCAGCCAAACAGCUGAUUGUGAAAUUAAAAGAAAUUAAGCCGGAUAUGUUUGUUUUGAUAAGCAGCCUGUGCUUAGGGAUUUUGUCAUUUUUCCUUACAUGCUGAAUGUUCCUUUUUCGUUUUUGUGUUAUUUUCACGAUUAUGUUGGACAAAGGGUCACCAUCAAUCUGUCAGCCUCCCCUUUACAACUCAAUGGUGAUUUUCUAGAGGAAGGUAUGACUUUCUUCCAACGUUUUAAGAAUAGCAUGUUUCACUUAGCGCGUUUAUUUCUCCACGAGUACGUAUCAAGUGACAAACUCGUUGCAAAGUUCGCACCUCACCGACCCAGAAUAUCUACCAAGGAGAUCAUGUCCCAGGCGGAACCCAGGCGGAAAUUUUCAUCGUUGAGAGCGACCCUAUUAUGGAUUUCGCUCGUCCGCAGCUGCCAAAUAUCAAAUUCGUGGGAAGCACAGCGGGGAAUCCCCCGAAAGAACUCAAAUAGCCGUUCAAAUGCUUCAUGGAGAAAUCUGUGAACGACGUUGUCGUGGUUACGUUCUAGAGAUACCGGACUACAUUUCCUCCAAGAUGGUGUCGGCGUUCCUGAAGCUGAAACAGAACCUGGUUUGGAGAGUGAAACUCCAGUCUCCGGAUCCGGGUAAGAUUCUCACUUCUUCCUGGGUACCACAAAAUGACAUCCUAGGGCACAAGAACACCAAGCUCUUCGUCUUCCGCUGUGGUAUGAACGGGCAGUACGAGGGAAUGUACCACGCCGUUACAACUUUUUGCCUGCCUUUUGAGAAUGACAUGCCGUACAAUGCUCAAAGGGGUGUGGCCAAAGGUUUUGGUCUAAAGGCCGACAUCCGUGAGGUCACAGACAUACAGCUUCUGACGCUGCUGGAGAAUAACAAGUAUAAGAAAAAUAUACAAAAAGCCUCGAAUCUAUACAAAGAACUGUAUAGCUUCCGAAACCUUCUCUGUCGAACAAGUCUCUCCGGAUUGCGUCGUGGAAUGUUCGCACCAUGUCUGAAAGAGACGGCAUUCUGAUUGGAUCGCGUGAUAAAGUAUGGUGGCGCCUACAUGAGGUCAGCAGGUCAAAAUAUGCCCACGUACCAGUUUCUGGCCCUAGACAUUCUGGCGUUUGUAGCGGUUGUGAAAGUUGUUGUUGUGUUGGUGUACAAGACCUGGAGCUGUUGUUGUGGCCUGUGUUGUGGCAAGAAGAGGAAAUCAAAGAGUGAUUAGUGAGGAUGUACCUGCGUGUACGAGGGAUGUUCAUAAAGUCUUCAUUCUGACCAUGAAAAGGCAAACUAGAAACUUGAAAUAUGACAGUCGCAAUGCUACUUUUCUACACAGACACCCUACAAAUUGACGCAAUUAUGCCUUCUAUGUUCGAUCUUAAAAAGUCAUUGGGCAUAAUAUGACGUCGGAUGGGUCUCAAACCAUACCACCUUUGCAGACGGGGCACAUUUGUCGCAAUAAAAAUACUGUCCUUUGUAUGUAUGUAUGUAUGUAUGUAUGUAUGUAUGUAUGUAUGUAU